AUGUUUUUCAUCAAAGAUUUAUCUUUAAAUAUCACUUUACAUCCAUCCUAUUUUGGACCAAGAAUGAAACAAUUCUUGAGGAGUAAAUUACUUCAAGAAGUGGAAGGUUCAUGUACAGGUAAAUUUGGUUAUAUCUUAUGUGUAUUAGAUUAUGAUAAAAUUGAGAUUGAACGUGGUAGAAUAUUGCCCACAGAUGGUUCGGCAGAAUUUACAGUUAAAUAUAGAGCUAUUGUUUUUAAACCAUUUAAGGGUGAAGUUGUUGAUGGUACAGUAGUGUCUUGUUCACAACAUGGUUUUGAGGUUCAAGUAGGGCCCAUGAAAGUGUUUGUCACUAAACAUUUAAUGCCUCAGGAUUUAACUUUCAAUGCUGGAUCAAACCCUCCAUCUUACCAAAGUUCAGAUGAUGUGAUUACCAUAAAGAGUAGAAUUAGAGUCAAGAUUGAGGGUUGUAUAAGCCAAGUUAGCUCUAUCCACGCUAUUGGGAGUAUCAAGGAAGAUUAUCUUGGUGCUAUUUAG